AUGAGACAACAGCGGAGAAAUAUGAUUCAGACCAAGGAGCAGUACGCAUGCGUGUACACGACCCUACACGAGGCAGUGAUGAUGGGGGACACGACCUUGACCUUACCUGAAUUUAGACAAGAAAGACGAACAAAGAAGGUGUUCAAGAUGGGGACCACAUCAGUAUCUCAGAUGAUGCAGAGAGUUAAAGUCAGCAUCAAAGAACGUAAGUCAGCUGGGCGCAUCGAGGGCCGUAUGGGGUGAACGGACGGACAGACAUCUUAGCCGUGAUGAUGCCAUCCCACCUGUCCAUGAAUGGCUACCUGUUAACUGAGGCCCUCCGUCACCACGGCGUCUCUGUUCUGGAAACUCACAGAGGAACAGGAGUCUUCCACUGUCAUUGUCCUGCCAGACUCGCUCCAGAAUCUGGCUGGCUACAUGCCUUCUCUAGGACACAGCCUGGACCAGGGAACGGUGAUCGUGUCUUGUUCUACAGAGAACACACUCAACUCAGACAUCGUGCUCCGGAAGAUCAACAGGCAGAUGGAGGGCAGUGAAUCUUCACAACUGGUGCACGUGUACCUUCUGAAGACCUUCCGGAAAGAUGAUCAUUCCUCUCUGUUCUACCUCCUGGAUCAAGUUGACCUCAACACAGGGGAAGAUAACUCUCAUCCACUAACAGUUAUAUUCAGUGAAAAUGAACGGCGAUCAGCGACGUUGUUCUGUAUCCUCAGCAACAUCGUGCAGGGCAUGAAGUACGACAACGUGGUGGAGAUCUACAACCACAUCAGACAGCUGGGACACCUGUGUGAUAAUGAUCUCUCUCAGGCUGACGUCUCGCUGUGUUAUGACAUGGCGUCAUCGUAUCUGGAGACACAGAAUAUUUACGCCAACAUGUGAUGGGGUCCAGCAUCACUGACCACGUACAUCCACUCUGAACAUGUCCAUCAGUACAACUAACAUCAUGCUAUCUGGAGACACAGAAUAUUUACGCCAACAUGUGAUGGGGUCCAGCAUCACUGACCACGUACAUCCUAUCUGGAGACACAGAUUAUUUACGCCAACAUGUGAUG